AUGAUUGUCCUCUCCAAGAUCAAGGCCCUCACGGCCUUGACAGCUCUGUCUGGUGCACUUGCCUCUCCACUCUCAAACAAGAUCGAAACGAUCAAACAGCUCCUCGGUCGAGACACUUUGGAGUGGACGGCCCUCGGAGACUCCCACUCCUCAGGUGUCGGAGCCGGAGAUUAUAUCUCCAACUCCUACCGUUGCCUUCGCUAUAACCACGCCUACCCCGUUCUGAUGGACGGUGAUGCAAGGCUUCCCACGGGACACGACUUCGACAACGUCUCGAGAAGGGUCGCAAAGGGCCCGGCCGGUGACGGCUUCAAGCUCUACGUCACGGGUUUCCCACAAUUCUUCAGCGUCGAGACAACCGAAUGCGACGAUGUCACUUUCGCCCGGACGGCCAAUCCCAAGGAUGACGGAAAAGAGCAUACGAAACUGACGCAAGACCUUCGAAAAGAAUUCAACGACAUGAGCGUCCAGCUAAACAAGGCCAUCGAGGACGCGGUGUCGAGGAAUAAAGACCAGGGCGUCAAAUGGAUCCCCACCGACGGCGAGAUGGAGGGCCAUAGGUACUGUGAGCCCGGAGUCAAUGAGCCAGACCAGCACAAUCCCAACCUCUGGCUCUUCCAUUACCCUUACAACGAAGCUAAAGAUGACACCGUCGAUGGACCUCUCCAGAAGGCUCUUGACAAGGUCACCGCUGCCGCCGAUAUCAAUGCCAAGUUCAAGACGUAUAACGAUUUCCAGAAUGCCCUUUUCGACGCCAUCGAGGUUGGCGAUCCCAACACCGAGGGCAUCCAAGAUCCCCUCUGGCGCGGCAUUGGCAACAGGGUGAAGGUCUUCCAUCCGCAGAACGCCCUCCACGAAAAGAUCCGAGAUCUGGUUUUGGACGCGUACAUCAACGACCUGCAGGGCAGCCAGGGGGGCCCUGCUGGCGGCGACGCAGCCGGUGACGAAAUCAGCCAAUGCUUCUUCUACCUGCAGCAAUACCGCCGCUGCGAGCCCUCCGGUGAAGAGUACUUUGCCACAUUAGACAUGCGACAGCCCGAUGGCCUACGGAUCGACGAAGCGUCCAGGCCCGACAUCACGGCGGCCAAUCAGGCCAGUCCGUUAGUUGUCACCGGUGGCGCUUUGAAGAAGGAUUUCUCGGCCGUUGGAAAGUUCGAUACAGGCAAUCAGGGCGACGAGCAGGCCAUGUACUUUACCUACGGACCUCCAGUGGAAUUCGGCGAAUAA